AUGGAAGCAAUGCUCAUCACCAAAAGCACAGUAGUUUGCCACUUUUCAAAGUCACUCCCUAACGUCCCUUCACUCUCCCUUCACAAACCCUCAAGAGUCAUCUUAGCUUCAGCUUCGAACCACUCUAUCAGUUACAGAAUUGCAACAAAGACAAGACGUGGUGUAGUCGUCAGAGCCGCAGAAUCCAUCAGUGAAGGCGUAGAAGACAUCAAAAAAGCCGCACUUGAUGCGAAUGAGAAGGCAAAGGAAGUUGCAGGUUCAGUAGUUGAUAAAGUAAAAGAAGAUACAGACAAGGCUUUAGCGGCUGGGGAGAGUGCCGGAGAGAAGGCAAAAGAUUUUGCUUCUGAUGCCAAGGACAAAACCACAGAAGCUCUAGGUUCUGUGGCUGAUAAGACAGAUGAAGGAAUUGAGGCAGCCACGAAGAAGGGAGACGAGGCGACAAAGGCUCUGAAGAAAGAAGGAGAGAAGGCGGAGAAGGCUGCUGAUGGAGCGUGGAAGGAUACCAAAGAUGAGUCACAGAAGGUUAAGGAUGCUGUGGUUGGGAAGGAUUGA